AUGCCUUCGAACGCGACAACGCACCAGCAACGUCGCUUUUGCACCGAAAUCACCCCCGACUGCCCUCUCGAGCUCACCACAUAUGGCUAUUACCCCAAUCUCAGCGUGAACUCGUUCUUCAUUGCUCUUUUCGCCCUCUGCUUGCUGCUGCAGCUGGGUCUCGGCACGUGGCGGCGGACAUGGACAUACCUUGUUGCACUCUCCAUUGGUUGCUUCGGCGAGGCGGUGGGAUAUAUCGGGCGGCUGAUCAUGCACCACAACCCGUGGAGCGGUGCUGGCUUCAAGACACAGAUCUGCUGCCUGGUCCUGGCGCCCAGUUUCCUCGCCGCGGGCAUCUAUGUCACUUUGAAGCAUCUGGUCAUAUACUGCGGUGCAGAGAACUCGAGGUUGAAACCCCGGCUCUAUCCCUGGAUCUUCAUCGGCUGUGACUUUGGGUCAAUUGUGCUCCAAGCCAUUGGUGGAGGCGUGGCAGCCGGGGCCGGCGACCGUGAUGCGAACCCGAAGUUGCUGCACGCGGGAAAUGGAUUGAUCGUGGCGGGCAUUGCGUUCCAAGUGGCAACCAUGGGUGUCUGUGGGCUUCUCAUGAUCGACUACUAUAUCCGAUUCCAACGUGCAAAGAAGAUGAAGUCAUCAGCGACGAUGGAGAGCGAGUACGAGAAGAAUCUGUCUUCGCCUAUCUUGUCACGCAACUUUCGGAUUUUCUGCUUUGCGCUUGGGCUGGCCUUCACUACCAUAUUCAUCCGUUGCAUCUACCGUCUGCCCGAGAUGGCAGGAGGAUGGGGAGGCCCGCUGAUGAGAAUCGAGACCGAGUUCCUCAUCCUCGAUGGAAUGAUGGUGGGCAUUGCGUGUGUCCUCCUGACCGUUUUCCACCCCGGCUUCUUUUUCGAGCCGAUGAGGAAAUUCAAGAGACCAGCCUCUGUUGCGGAGCCCGUGGAGCAGCCCGAAACAGUGGAGAGCAAAUCAUGA